CCGGAACCGGACGUGAGGUCGGAGGCGGGGCUUGGUGGGCGUCGCUGCCGCUGCGUGAGGUGAAGGGUUCAGGGAAAUACCUCUGCAAGUGAAAUAACGUAACGUCUCACAUAAUUGUGCCUUUUCCUAAUCUGGGUGAAAAGGACAGAGGGCUAAGCACAUGUACUGGGAAUUGGAAGGGAGUGCUCAGAAAACAGAGUCACACAUGCUGCAGGAGCAAGAAGGCACCCUAGAGGACACAGGUGAAGAUGGAGUCUCUGAAAGCUUCCAGCUUCUACAGAUUGAUGUGGAAUGCGAGCAUCGAGAGGAGGAGACCCAGCCUACAGGCAGUGCAGUGUGGUGCUCGAAAAAUGUCCAAAGAAAACAGAGACACUGGGAAAAGAUAGUUGCAGCAAAGAAGAGUAAGAGAAAACAAGAAAAAGAAAGAAGGAAAGCCAACCGUGUAGAGAAUUCAGGCAUCUACCCCCAGCACAGCAAACGUUUUCUGAGAUCCUUAACCAAGGAAAGACUUUUGGAAGCCAAACAUUUAGGACCAAGACUCUGUAUCGAUUUGAGUAUGACCCACCACAUGUCUAAGAAGGAAUUAAGUAGACUGGCUGGACAGAUCCGACGGUUGUAUGGCUCAAAUAAAAAGGCUGACAGGCCAUUUUGGAUCUGCCUCACUGGAUUCACCACAGACAGUCCCCUGUAUGAAGAGUGUUUGAGGAUGAAUGAUGGAUUUUCUAGUUAUCUGCUAGACAUAACCGAAGAAGACUGCUUUAGUUUAUUUCCUCUGGAAACCCUUGUGUAUCUGACUCCUGACUCAGAACAUGCUCUUGAAGAUGUUGAUAUAAACAAAGUUUACGUACUUGGUGGACUUGUAGACGAAAGCAUUCGGAAGAAGGUGACAUUUCAAAGGGCCCAAGAACACUCUGUCAAGACUGCUCGCUUACCAAUCCAGGAAUACAUGGUCAGAUGCCAGAAUGGGAAAAACUACCAUUCAGAGAUAUUGGCCAUCAAUCAAGUGUUUGAUAUCCUGUCCACUUACUUUGAGACUCAAAACUGGCCUGAAGCAUUGAAGGAAGGAGUUUCUUCCAGAAAAGGCUAUAUUCUUCAGAACUCAGUGGAAUAAUGGACAGCCUGAUUGCAGCUGCAGGAGGUGAAAUUGCUGGAGUUGCCUUGACCUAAAAGCAGAGCAGAGAGGAUGGUGGUGGUACUCAUUUGCCUUUACUUGACAUCUUGGCUGUUCACUGGGAUAGGAGUUACUAACAGGGACCACAUUUUUUGCUCUUUUGUAUCUCCCAUAGUGCCUGGCUUACAGGAAGUGCCCAGAUACAUGUUGACUAACUAAAGAGUUUACAUAACAAUGAAUUAGCCCUAA